UGUGUGUUAGAGUAGUAACCACGCCCAUUUAGCAGCACUGUGUGAAGAAGAUGUCUAGCUCCAGGAUGGUCAACUUGUACCCGCUCUCUAACUACACCUUUGGAACCAAGGAGCCUAUGUAUGAGAAGGACAAGACUGUGGAGGCACGCUUCAACAGGAUGAGAGAGGACUUUGAAACCAUUGGAAUGCGUCGCUCUGUGGAAGGAGUCCUACUAGUCCAUGAGCAUAACCUACCACACGUUCUACUCCUGCAGCUAGGGACGACAUUUUUCAAGCUGCCAUGUGGAGAGUUAGCUCCUGGUGAGAGUGAGGAAGAUGGCAUGCUGAGGAUUGUCAAUGACACCCUCGGGCGAGAAGACGGCAUCAAAACUGACUGGAUGGUGGACGAGGUGGUGUCUAACUGGUGGCGACCUAACUUCGAGGCCCCCCAGUAUCCUUACAUAACCGCCCAUUGCAGCCAUCCCAAAGAACACAAGAAGUUGUUCCUCGUGACACUGCCAGAGAAGUGUCUGUUUUCUGUACCCAGGAACUACAAACUUGUAGCUGCCCCUUUGUUUGAGCUGUACGAUAAUUCAGCCGGCUAUGGUCCAGUUAUAGCUAGUCUACCUCAAGUUCUUAGCAGGUUUAAUUUCAUUUAUAUUUAACUUCUUUCUGUCAUAGUGAUCUGUGACAAGUAUAUUAUGCUCUUUCUUUCUUGAACAACUGAAUUGUAAUAUUGUAUAUAUACAACAGGUAGUGAAUUGAAUUACAAAAAGAUUUACAUAAAUAGAA